CGGCACGAUGACUGGCAGCAUCGCGGGACUGGAGAGGUUCGACAGUCCGGGAAAAGGACGAGGUCUCCGCGUUACCAGACCUUUUAAAGUUGGGGAGCUCUUGUUUUCGUGCCCGGCGUAUUCAUUUGUGCUAUCAGUCAAAGAGAGAGGCUGCUGUUGCGAGUUCUGCUUCACCAGGAAAGAGGGCUUGGCAAGAUGUGGGAAGUGCAAGAAAGCUUUUUACUGCAAUGUAAAGUGCCAGAAAGGAGAUUGGGCCAUGCACAAGCUGGAGUGCUCAGCGAUUAAUGCAUUUGGAGACAACUGGUGCCCAUCAGAGACAUCUCGGCUGGUGGCCCGGAUCCUCGCUAAGAAGAAAAUGCAGAAAGAUCAAUGUGUGUCCGAAAGGAUGAUGCUCAUCGGAGAGAUGCAGUCACAUAUGGAGGAUGAAGAUAAUGAGAAAAGAGAGCGAACAGAGGCAGACAUUGCUGGACUGCAUCGCUUUUACUCCAAACAUGUAGAGUUUCCUGACCACAAAGACCUGCUAACACUCUUCUCUCAGAUUGCUUGCAAUGGUUUCACCAUCGAGGAUGAUGAACUUUCCCACAUGGGAACUGCAGUCUACCCAGACGUGGCAUUAAUAAACCACAGUUGCCUUCCCAGUGUCAUUGUCACAUUUAACGGGACAUCAGCUGAUAUUCGGGCAGUGCAGGACAUGAAACCUGGAGAUGAAGUGCUCAUCAGCUACAUAGACCUCCUCUAUCCAACAGAUGACCGCAAUAACAGGCUGAGAGAGUUCUAUUAUUUCACCUGCGACUGCUCAGAAUGCAAAAACAUGUCUAAAGAUAAGGCAAAGCUGAAAGUACGGAAGCAGAGUGACCCCAUCGAGCCACAAGUCAUCAGCAACAUGGUGCGCUAUGCCAAGAAGACUAUCAAAGAGUUCCGGGACCUCAAGGUUGUUAAAACUCCUAGUGAGCUGCUGGAGAUGUGUGAGCAGAGCUUGGAGGAAAUGGGAUCUGUCUUUGGUGACUCCAAUGUGUACAUGCUCCACAUGAUGUACCAGGCCAUGGGAGUUUGUAUUUACAUGCAAGACGCAGACGGAGCCAUUAGAUAUGGAGAGAAGAUCCUCAAACCUUACAGCAUUCUGUAUCCACCCUAUUCCUUAAAUGUGUCAUCUAUGUAUCUGAAGAUGGGCAGAAUCUACAUGCAGGUGGAGAGGCACUCUGCAGGCAUCAGUGCUCUCAAAAAGGCAAUGGCUAUAAUGGAGGUGGCUCAUGGGAAGGAUCACCACUACCUCACAGAGCUGCUCAAAGAGAUGGCUCAAAAAUGAUCACAGCCAAUCCCUGCGGACUUCAUACACUCCUUUGACUGUGAGCUUUGAAGAACUGUAGGCCUUUUCUUUUCUCAUUUUGUAAUCAAUAUAAAAAGAGCCUUUUUGAUUUUAUGCACAUUUUUUAAAUAUAUUUCCUAAUUUAUAUUUUGUAACAAGUCGGCAUUUAGUGUGUAGUUAUGAGAAGUGCUCUUUUUCUUUUAAAAGACAUUAUAAACAAAGUGAUGAAAAAGCUAAGAUGAGAACAAUUUCAUUGUCUUGUGACUGACACAUCAGCCGAACCCUGUUAACCAUCAGAGUGAAGUUGUUUACAAAUGUGUGCAGGUCAAUGCAACAAAACUCCUGUCAUCCAACUGGACAGCAGCCUUCCCCACAAGGGGGCUGUGGAAGCUGCACAAUAUUGUUCCUCCAUCACAGAGGAUGGUUGGAGCACUGUUUGCAUUUACACCUCGUGUCUGUUCGGCACUAAUUAGGGUUUCUAAUGCUGUCAGAAAAGUCCUCAAAUACACACAUUUUAUCAAGUAAAAAAUACAUUAUUUAAACAUUCACAAAAGAGACGAUUUUGAGACCACAGUCUUAAAGAAAAUAAGGCUUUAAUUGCAUAAUAAGCAAGUACAACCGCUUCAUACAAGUCUGGGGAGAGAAAACAUGACUUAAUGCACUCAAAAUGCAUAUACAAAAAAUAUGUACACAUUAAUUGAAAUGUAUUUGGGGGUUCUGCCACAAAAGAAAGCCAAAGGGGAGAAGAAUUAAAUAUAAACAAACCAUGGAAUGCCAUGUGAGAAAAUACUGUUUAAGAGAACAGAAGUGCAUAAAGCUUAUAUUUAUCUGAGAACAUAUACUGAAAUAUAUACAUUGAAAAAUAAAAAUGCAUGCAUAGUUUAUUAUGUUGCGGUAUUUUAAGGGUACCAAGUCAAGAAAAGACACAAUUUAAAAUGCUUUCACAUGCCCAUUAUGUACAGAGUUUUGUUGGACAUGGCUGAUUUAAUGUAACAUGCAAAAGAUUUAGGAAUAUUUUUUUAAAAAGCUCUGGGAACACUGUUAGCUAUUGAAUUUUGAUCAAUAUAUUAGAAAUGCAUUUGUGCUUCUUUUUUGUGGCAAAGUCUGUUAAGAGUUUUUUUUUCCUUCAAAGAAAAUCCCAGAUUUAACCUUUUUUUCUGCCAAAUCCAAACCUGAGCAUUAGGUUAAGGAUCUAAGGUAAAGGUGACGAAAUGAUUUGACCUCUGGAGGCACAGAAUAACAAGCUUCUAUGUGUUACACAUACAGUAAGGCACAAUGAUACAAUAUAUACAGCAUUUACUGUAUAACCUUUAUAUGUAUCUCCAGUUUGGAGACAAACCUUUAUGUUUUGAAAUGCAUUAAGGUAACAAACAUGGUAAGACACAUGUGGUUGCAAGAAGCCAUGAUCCAAUAAAACAAGAGGCUUUUGA